UCUGCGUUCACUCAAGCUCCAUUCAUAAAUAAAUCAUCACGAAAAGGGAGCGAUGACACUAGAGAGGUAACAUAUUGCUACAGAAAUGACUGUGGCAAUAUUUCUCCUUACGCAUUCAGCUGCAGAAGGCAGCGGAAAAUAGGCAUCGUUUCCACAGCAGUCAUCUAAAUCGCUUGGGAGGAGAUUGGCAGCGCGAAGCGACUUCCGACUGGUGACCCCCUUCUCUAACAGUGAUGACUUAAGCGUUCCAUCAGGAAGACCAACGCGCUCGUGAGAAACACUGGAUCCCAGCACGCAGUUCAGUCCUUUUUUCUUUUUUAAACAGACGAAUGUACGGUGCUACGUACACUUAUCGUUUCCACACAGUCGGUAGUCCGGACUGUAUUUUGAUUUAGUUUCGAAUGUGUGCUGUAGCCUGUCUUGACACACGAAAAGUAAGUAGACCGCAGGAGUGAAACACCAAAUGGAACGGUGAGCUAUGGCAACAAAAGAAGAUUUUUAUGCCAAAGUUACACCGCGGAGACAGCGGCAGACCCGACCAGGAACUGUCAAGCAUGGGUCAUGUCUGGAUGUUCUGCUAUCGAUGGGCUUCCCCAAAAGCAGGGCGUUGAAAGCACUGAUUUCAACCGGAGGCCGAAAUGUACAAGCAGCAUGUGAUUGGUUGUUCUCCCACGUGGACGACCCGUUCCUGGAUGAGCUGUUGCCGCGGGAGUACGUGCUGUACUUGCGGCCCAGCGGACCCCUGCUGCACCAGCUCUCCCACUUCUGGCAGCAGAGCCGCACCUUGUGUGGCAAGAACAAGGCGCACAACAUCUUCCCGCAUGUCACGCUCUGCCAGUUCUUCAUGUGUGCAGAUGCGAAGGUGGAGGCCCUGUGUGAGGCACUGCAGACCGUGGUGGGGCAGUGGCGGGGCCGCUUCCCCUCACCCCUCCCCCUCGAACUCUACACCUCCUCCAACUUUAUCGGCCUCUUCAUCGACGACAGCAUGGCUGAGGUGCUCAAGAGUUUCGCCACCGACUUCGCAGCUGAGGCAGCUGCCAAAGCAGGUUUGUCUGUCUGUCUGUUCACUUAUGCCGAUACAGAACUAAACUCCUUUCCUAGGCCCUCCUCGUGUCCUUUACUAGGUAGUAAACAAAUCAUAUUUUUGCCCAUUUUUUUCACUCUUCACCACACAGACGUUCUCGUGGAGCCCCACAAGAAGCAGCUGCAUGUGACUCUGGCCUAUCACUUCCCAGCCAAUCACCUCACAUCUUUAGAAAAGCUGGCCAAGGGCGUGGACAUUUCCCUGGGCUGUGAUUGGCUCGCUGUCCUCUACUCGCGGGACAUUCGAUUUGCCAAUCAUGAGACAUUGCGCGUUAUGUACCCGUACACGCCGCAGAACGAGGAUGAGCUGGAGCUCGUGCCGGGAGACUUCGUCUUCAUGUCAUCCGUGGAGCAGAGCGGGGCCAGUGAGGGCUGGGUAUACGGCACUUCCAUGACCACAGGGCUGUCUGGCCAACUGCCCGAGAACUACGUCAGCCGGGCGGACGAAUGUGACACUUGGGUCCUUCAUGGGACCCAUUCCUUCCUCAGCUGUACCUCCCCAACAAAUAGUGGUGGUGCAGUGGGUGGGCCCUUUCUUGAUGGACAGCAAGAAAGCCGUCUCCUUGACGACCAUGGCCCAGUGGACCCACCCAGUCUUGGUGUCAUAUGCCACCCAAUGCAGAUGAUGCGGCCCACCAGCCAACCUCUGCUGCCCAAGAGAACUCUGUUUGUGUGUCGUCAUGGUGAGAGGAUGGAUGUAGUGUUUGGGAAACACUGGAUCACCCAGUGCUUUGAUGCCAAAGGCCGUUACGUGCGAUCGAACCUCAACAUGCCCUGCAAUGUUCUAGGCCGGAGUGGUGGGUACAGGGAGUAUGACAAGGACUGCCCCAUCACUGUGUUCGGUGCCUCUCAGGCACGCCUAGUGGGUGAGGCCCUGUUUGACAGUCAUACGGUGAUAGACUUUGUGUACUGUUCUCCCUCCUUGCGGUGUGUGCAGACAGCUCAUAAUAUCCUCCGAGGUCUUCAGCAGGAUGGGAAGAUAAAGCUUCGAGUUGAGCCUGGCCUCUUUGAAUGGACCAAGUGGGUGUCGGGUACUUCCUUACCUGCCUGGAUCCCUCCAACUGAGCUGGCAGCUGCUAACUUUAGUGUGGAUACAACCUACAGACCUCACAUUCCCGUCAGCAAGCUGACCGUUUUGGAGUCCUACGAGACCUACAUGAGCCGCAGCUUCCAGGUGACGCGGGAGAUCCUGGCCGAGUGCAAUGCUCUGGGAAACACGGUGUUGAUAGUGGCGCACGCUUCUUCUCUGGAGGCCUGUACGCGUCAGAUGCAGGGACUGAAUCCACAGAAUUCAAAGGACUUUGUACAAGUGGUGCGAAAGAUCCCAUAUUUGGGCUUCUGUGCCUGUGAAGAGAUGGGGGAGACAGGGGUGUGGCAGCUCGUGGACCCGCCCAUCCUCCCUCUCACGCACGGACCCAAUCAUAGCUUCAACUGGAGGGAGACCCUGCUGCAGGACUGACGAGCACCGCCCUUGUUUUGUUUCUGGAUGCGCCUUCUGCGCACCUCCUGCUGUGGCAGCUGAGAAACGCACCGCCUGUCACUCUUCCUCCACCCACGCCACUGCAGACCUGCACCAUUCCACCAUUAAGCUGACAAAAACACGCCAUGUGCCAUGCUGGGCUUCCACAGAGCAGACCUGCUGCUCCUGACAGUAUUCUGUGCUGACUCUGUCUUUAUGUAUUGCAGCAAUGUUACGUGCAAUGUCUGUGUCCAUAAAUGUGCUCAUGCGUUUGUCUCCUUAUUAGAAGCCAUGUUCAUUGGUCACUAGUGACUGAUCAGGGUCAAAGGUGGAAGGUCAACGCUGCUCCAGGUUGCUUAGAAGAUGCUCCACUCUUGUCUUUAUAAAUAAAUAAAUAAAUCAACCUUCAUACCAACAGUUCCAAGCAUAACUACGAUCAGCCAUUUGUCAAAGAAACCAUAUGUACACAUUCAAGUAUGAAGCAUAAAGACUGACAACUCACUCAGGUUUCCUGUCUUACCGAGGAAGCCAUUUUGAUCUGGUCAUGUCAAAAGUGAUCAUCAUCAUCACCAAACGUUGCCGAGAUGGCGCCUGGUAGCUCUGUCUGAGCCUUCCCUGCUUUCCUCUUCCUCAUAGACCUGGAGCAGGGAGGCGAACACGGCUGCCACCAAACACACUGUGAGAAACAGAAGAGGCGUUCCGCGCUCCGGACCAAGCUUCCAAGCUCCUUUCUGGAAAAAUGGCUGGUAGCUGCUCGGGCUGUAUAGAAACACUCCGGUGGGGAGAAAAAAAAAGCACAAGAGACGAACCCCAAACAUGACAAUCCUAAAGGCCAGGCCAGCCAGGACGUAGCUUCCAUAUUGUCUGGGACAGCAAACCAUCCCUGUGCUUCUCUGCAGUUUGCCUCAGGACGACUCUUGGAAAGGGCUUUCUUUAGCAGUUUUUAGGAGUAGGGAAACAAUCAUUGCUGCAUGCUCCAUGUUUUUCACUAAAUGAAAGUCGUAUGUCCACUCAACGAUCACACUGUUGAGGUACCAAGUGGUUUGAAAACGUUUGGUAAUCCCUAUCCAUGAGGGUAACCAGCAAGCCUUACUUUCAGGAUAGAGAUAACCAACCAAAACAUGACUGUACAGUAGCACCAUUAAGACUAACAGAUGCUUUUUAUUCUUGAAGUGGGGGGGGGGGGGGGGUCUAACUGCAUUUAUUUAUGUAUUCAUGGCAUAAGUGUUAAAGACUUUCUGGUGCUUAAUAUAAAAUAUUUUCGGUUUCGUUCUGUUGCAACACAGGAAUCGAGCUGUAGCAGAUUUAAACAUGCAGUUUUUCUGUACUCUUGCACGCAUUAUACAUACCGCGAGCUGUUUCUUUUCUGAUCUAUUUCAACGUGCACCCUACAUUGUGGGUAAUGUAGUUUCAGAGCGUACAUUACAUCAACGUUGUAUCAUCAGGUUCAACGCCAUGCCAAGAAUAUUUAGACAUUAUUAUGGGAUUUUUUUUUUAAACACAAUUUUUAUACAUCUCUUAUGCAAUGUCCAAUUUAUUGGAAGGUUAUUAUUAUUAUUAUAACAAAAGGCAUGCAUUUUUAUUUUCUUGUAAUUUAUUUUUCUUUGUGAGGGAGUCCAAGUUGUAUAUUGAGCCCAGAAUAUUCCUCUUCAAGGCUUCUGAAGUUUAACUGCCUCACAAUUUCAGUGUCUUUCCCAAUCGUUUUAAUGUCUUCAAACCUUCAAUGGUUUUGGCUUUUGAUCAUUUGUAUUCAGAACGUCUCCGUUUGCCAUUUCUGAAAAAUGGCUUCCUGUAAGUCGGCGUACCUUUGUGCGAGAAACUGGUUAAUGGAGUUUGUUACAUGUGAGAAAAGAAUACCACUUUAAUGUUGAAUACGAAACUUAUUUCCAAUAUAUUAAUCGUUGUUCUUCCAAAAUGGCUCCAUACAGACCAUCUUAUCACGCCAUAUUCUGACAAACAAGGUCAAAGUAAACUGUGGAAAACUCUGAAA